AUGGCGUCCUACGACGACAAAGCUGCUGCCAUCGAGCGACUGGAGGAGGCCGACGAGUCUUCUCGACAGAGCGAUACCAAUGUCGAAGACCCAAGGGUGCCAACGAUCCGACGCCGCGUGGACAAACGCCUGUGCCUGGUACUUGGCCUGCUCUACAUCGUUAACCAAAUCGAUCGCAUCAACUUGCCAGUUGCAGUCGUAGCUGGCUUGACCAAAGAUGUCAAGCUUGUCGGGAAUCAAUAUUCGAUCAUAGUCCUGGCCUUUUUCCCUACCUAUGUCAUAGUUCAGCCGUUCGCAACGCCAGUAUGUAGGCUACUUGGACCCAGGCCAUUCCUAUCUACGAUAAUCUUCCUGUGGGGAAUCGCCAUCCUCGCCCUGGGCUUCUCGAAGAACUUCGCCUUACUUACACUCUUCCGCGCAUGUCUCGGUGCCCUCGAAGGCGGCUUCUUUCCUGGCGCAUUGUUCCUUUUGAGCAUGUGGUAUGUACGAUCUAAGCGUAACGCUGCUCUCUACCUGAUGGGUAACGGAGCGAGUGGCUUUGGGGGCAUACUCGCUUACGGUCUGAUGCAGACGGGGAAUACUGGUGUAGGAGGCCUAGAAAAAUGGCAAUGGAUCUUCAUAUGGGAGGGUGUGAUCACCUGCAUUGCCGCGAUGGUUGCCUACAUCUUCAUCGUAGACUUUCCCGAAGAUGCCAGCAAGUCUUGGAAGUUUCUGAGCCCAGAUGAGGCCCAAGUCAUGAUUGACCGUGUCGACAAAGACCGUGGCGACGCACAUCUGCCACCCUUCUCCCUCAAAAGUUACCUCAAGACUGCGUUGGACUGGAAAGUCUGGUCCUUUGCUGCAAAUUUCGGUCUAAGUGCUGUCGUCACAUACUCGGUCGCCUACUUCCUACCUAUCGUACUGAAGAACGAGCUCGGCUUCUCUCAAGUAGCUGCUCUGUGUCUUCCCGCCCCUUGCUACGCAUUCGGCGCCAUCCUUGGAUUAACGGAGUCCUGGCUUUCAGACAAGUACAGUGUACGCGGCCCUUUACUCAUCAUCAAUGCCACUAUCGAGAUCAUCGGGAUCUCUGUCCUGGGAUAUGCUGCAAACCCUAGCGUUCGAUUCUUCGGGGCUUUCUUGGUGGUCGGUGGAUCGAACGCCAACGUCCCGGCAUCUUUGACGUACCAGGCUGUGAAUAUCGUCGGUCAGUGGAAGCGAGCCUUCUGCUCGGCAACAAUCGUGGGCAUGGGCGGAAUUGGAGGCAUCAUCGGCUCCCUUGCCUUUAGGAGCAAAGAUGCGCCAGCAUAUCGGCCCGGGCUUUACUGUUGCCUUACUGCCGCAGCACUGACCGUCGUCAACGUGCUAUGCACAACUCUCUACAUGAUUCGGAAGAAUCGGCUCCAGGCCAUGAACAGAGCGGUGCUCGAAGGCGUGGAAGGUUUCCGAUACACGAUCUGA